AUGAUUAAAUCUAUCUAUCUAUCUCAUUCUAUCAAUGUUCUCUACUUUUUUUCUUCUUCUUCUUCUUCUUCUUCUUCUUUUCUUCUUCUUCUGGAUUACCUCCUCCUCAUUCUUCAACAGUUCUCUCUUUUUAAACGCAAUAACUCUUUUGCAAUGUUUUUAGAAGGACCACCACUCUUCCUCUUUUUAUUGUCCAACAUAUUUAUCCUCCGCAUUCUCAUUCUUCUUCCACCAAGAGCGUUUAUAUCUAAAAAGACCAAUGAUUGGUCUUCUUCCGGUUCGCAGCAUGGAGAACAGCAGUUCCUCCAGGGGAUUUGGCUGAAAUUUUUUGACAGUUUCUUCUUCUUCUUCAUCUUUUUCUUCUUCUUCUUUUUCUUCUUCUUCUUCUUAUUAUUAUUAUCCUUCUUCGCCGUCUUUUUCUUGGAUUUUUAUUAUUCAUUUUCUUCUUACAUCUCCUUCUUUUUAUUUCUUCUUUUUUUUCUUCUUCUUUUUAUUAUUUCUUCUUAUUAUUAUUAUUAUUAUUAUUAUUAA